UGGUCAUUUCAUGCAAGGUAAUGCAAACACAAAGUUAUCUUGAAGUAGCAUAAAUGUCAAAAUAGUGAAUACUAGUUUCCUUAUGAGGAUUUUAAAAGGACUACAUAGUGAUGGAAUCAAUUAUACAAGCCUAAUGAAUUGAUGAAAUAGCAAAUAAGUAUGUUCUUUGAGGUGGUGAUGGCAUACUAGCUGGUAGAACUACAAUUAGGUAAGCAUCUACAAUGAGGAGUUAUGUUAUUGACAAAUGUUCUGUAUAUUUCAGGAAUCCUGCUACAUUUCUUCAUGCAUAUACAUGCCUUCCUCUUGCAUAUUCUACAAGGCAAGCUGCCAGUGCUAUUUUACAAGAUGUUGCUGAUUCAGGGGUUUUGUUUGCAUUGUUGAUGUGUAAGCACAAGGUUGUUAGUCUAAGUGGAGCUCAGAAGGCAUCUCUGCACCCUGAUGACAUGCUUUUGCUUUCCAAUUUUGUAAUUUCUACAGAAUCAUUCAGGACUUCUGAAUCAUUCUCACCUAUUUGCUUACCGAGAUACAAUCCAAUGGUGUUCCUUUAUGUUUAUGUCCAUUUUCUUGAUGUGCAUACAUGCUUGAUGUUACUUUCUACCAGUUCAGAUUCCUUCUAUCAUCUCAAAGACUGCAGGAUUCACAUUGAGACUGUGCUUGUGAAGUCAAAUGUUCUCUCUGAAGUUCAAAGAUCCUUGCUGCAUAGUGGUCUACAUGUUGAGGACCUCCCAGUUGAUUUUUCUCUUCGAUCUGGAUCUCUGCCUCAUCACAUAGCUAUGGAAAAGGCAAUACCUGAUAUUUCAUCUUCUCAUGUCGGCAUUGGUGGCCCUUCUGGACUUUGGCAUUUCAUAUAUAAGAGUGUCAACCUUGAUCAAUAUGUAUCAUCAGGGUUCUCCUCACCAUUAAGCAGUUCUGCUCGACGAAAAAGAUUAAUUAGGGCAUACCAGAAGCUGUAUUUUUCAAUGCAUGACAAACGAACUGGUCCGCAUAAAACACAGUUCAGACGAGAUGAAGAUUAUGUUCUCCUAUGCUGGAUCACUCAAGAUUUUGAACUUUAUGCAGCAUUUGAUCCACUUGCAGAGAAGGCUAUUGCAAUAAAGACGUGUAACAGAGUCUGUCAAUGGGUAAGAGACGUUGAAAACGAGAUCUUUUUGUUUGGAGCAGCCCCCUUCUCAUGGUGAUUCCUAACCAAUACAUACAUAUACUCCCCUCCGGUAUGCUUAAUAUUCAUUUAGAACCUUGCAGUCCAUAUCCUUUAUUGAGAGGUGCAGCUCUCUAUUUCCUACAGCUGAUAGUCAUACGCAGUCUCUCGGAUUUGUUGCGAUUGCAUUAUCAUAUCGUCAUCAGCGAUCACUGUACAAAAUAAUAUUGAGAAACGAAAGAAAUAAUUAUUUUAAGUAAUAAGAAAUGUUAUUUGCACUGCAAACUAUUUUGUUGAAAAUGAUUUUAGCAGUCAAGUGUUUUUGCA